AUGGGAAGAAAUUCAAGAGCAAAUCAGUUGAGAAUUCAAGAGAAGAUGCAAGAAAAGGCUAGUUCCCUCCAUGUAGCAUCUGCAAAAGGACAAAUCACUUGGGGAAAGAUUGUUGGCAUAAAGGAGAAGCAGCAAUCAACCCAACAUGCUAACUCUGUUGAAAAUCAACAACAAGAAGCUGAAGAGCAUUUGUUUAUGGCCUCUCAUCAUUCUUCUUCCUUUUUAAACAGCUCUUGCACAUGGUUUAUUGACAGUGGUUGCACUGUACACAUGGCCAAAGAUGCUGAUUUGUUCUCUUCUCUAGAUUCAUCUAUCAAAACAAAAGUUAAGUUGGCAAAUGGCCAACUAGUGCAAGCUGAAGGCAAGGGGACUGUAUCAAUAUACUCCAAGUCAGGUACAAAGUUUAUUUCUGAUGUGUUACUUGUUCCUGGCUUGAAUCAGAACUUGUUGAGUGUUGCCCAAUUAUUGAGAAAAAAUUAUUCUAUCUUUUUCAAAGAUGAAUCUUGCAUUAUCUAUGAUUCUACUGGUGCUGAGAUUACUAAAGUCACCAUGAUUGAUAAUUGCUUUCCAUUUGAUAUAACUAAUGCAUCUCAUCAUGUAUAUAAUGCUGCUGAUGUUGAUGUGAAGUUAUGGCAUAAGAUAUUUGGCCACUUUAAUUUAAAUGCCUUAAAAUCUCUCUUCAAUUGA